AUGUAUCCAAAAUAAAUAAAAAAAUAAGACAAACUCAAGUAAUCUUUUAAUAUAUCAGAAUUCAUUCUGAAUAAAUUAAUAAAAGAAUUCUGUACUAAACCAAUAGAUAGCGAAGUAUUUAAUAAAUUUUAAUAAGCUAAUUAAAUGUUAUGUACAUCAUUAUAAUUCUAAAUAUUCAUCAUUUAAUGAAAGUUGUGUAAGAGCAUUAAAAGCAGAUAUAUAAGAAGCAAUCAAGAAAACACAAUAGGAAAAAGAGUCAAUAAUAAAAUCCUUAAAAUAACAAUCUAAUACUCAAUAGUUACAAAAUAAUGAAGAUAACUAAAAUAAUGAAAAUAAAUAAAUUACUAAAACUAUUACUAUAGGAUAAGAGUAAUAAAAUCAAAAAACAGAUAAUCAUCCUAUAGAAAUUCCAAGAUUAGACUCAUUGACAUCUGAAAAUAAAUAAAAAUCUGUUUAUUAAUUGGAUGAUGAUGAAUAAGAUGAAUGGGCUGCUAUUAUUAAACAUGAUACAGCUUUAUAUUAGAAAGAAUAAGAUGAGAAAAAAAAGAGGGAACAAUAAUUGAGACAAAAAUUAAGAGAUGAUUUAGAUAAAUAAUUAAAAGAAAAGGAAUAGAUUAAAAAAGAAGAGGCAUUAAAAGAAGCUAAAUUUAAUUAAUUAAAUCAAUAAAGGAAAUAGGAAUUUGAAUAAUAUGAAAAAUAGAAAAAGGAAUAAAUAAAAAUUAAAUAAUUAGAAGAAAGGAAAUUAAGAGAUGAAUAAGUUUAUUAAGAAAAAUAUAAAAAGUAAUUCAUAUAAUUGAUUAGAUUAGAAGAGAAAGUUAAAAGUAAUCAAAAUUAUAAGAUGAUGAAAUGCUCUAAUAAUUAAAAAAUGAAAUAAGUAGAGAGUCUUAAGAAUUAAAUAAAAAAAGAUAAGAAUAAAAAGAUAAAUUUUAAUAGAUUUUGAAAGAAAAUGAAUAAUUACGUUAUAAAGUAAUAUAUAUAAUAAUUUAAAGGCAUAAGAGGAACUUAAACUCUAAAAAGAAAUUGAUACUAAAUUGUAAUAAUAAUAAUUAUAGAAAAUGAUAUAAGAUGAUGAAAGAAGAGAAUAAUAAAAGAAGAAUAGGGAUGAAAAAAUUAAAUAAUUUAUGAGUAAUUAUAGCCAUUAGGUUUUAUCUAAAUAAAAGGAAAAUGAAGAAAAUGAAGGAAAAUAAAUGUUAGAAUAAUUAAAAAAACAAUAAGAAUAUGAUAAAUAAUAAGAGUAAUAUAAAAAAUUAAAAGAAAAAGAAAAAAUGGAAUUAGUCAAAUAAUAAUUGUAAUUGUAAAUUUAAUAGAAAUAAUAAAAAAAAUUAUCAGAAGAUGAAGAAUAAAAAUUAUUAUUACUUUCAUAAUAAUUAGAACAUAUGAAUUAUUCAUAAAAAGAAAAAGAAAAAUAACUUGUAUAUUAUUGUAAUGUAUUUUAGUAUAUCAAAAAUAAUUAUAAAUAAAACUAAGAAGAUAUUAAGAAAUAAAUUGAAGAAAGUAGAAAUAAAAGUGCUCAUGAAAAAAUGACAAAUAUGGAAUUAUUACAUAAUAAAUCUUUAUUGAAAAAUAUAGCUUAAGAAUAAGUAGUAAAAACAAAAUUUAGAAAAAUUAAUGUAUCAAUGAAAUGA